AUGGGAAAGGUUCACGGCUCCCUCGCUCGUGCCGGUAAGGUGAAGAGUCAGACACCAAAGGUUGAGAAGCAAGAGAAGAGCAAGGUCCCCAAGGGCCGCGCGAAGAAGAGACUCGUAUACACCCGUCGCUUCGUAAACGUCACCCUCACCGGUGGCAAGAGAAAGAUGAACCCCAACCCUGGCGCGGCCUAA